AUGCCCCGCAAGUCGAAGCGCAAGUCGUCCGCCAUGAAGAAGCAUGCAGCGGAGCUCCGAGCCGCGGAGGAUACCGGGUUGCAGGCCCUCAAAAGUGACCUGCGCGAGAUUGGGGAGGACAUCGAUCGCCGCAUGACGAACCCCGAGACGACGUCGGGCGACCCGCAUGAGGAAGACAACCCUGUUCCCCAAGUCUCGAUCCAGGACGCCACGACUCGCCUCUUCGCCACCCUCGCCGCUGAAUCCAACUGGUCGAUCAAUGACGACGCGGGGAGCGAAGACGAGGAUGUCGAGGAUGUCGGCGGGAAGACGAGGGCGAGUCGGAGGACGAGGGCGAGUCGGAAGACGCGGAGAAUGACCUGGACCCGACGAUGGGCGGUCUGA